UAAAUAUGCCAAAUUUCUAUAAAGCUAGUUUAAUAUUGGUUUUCUUAUUGUCAUUAAGUGAGGCUAAUCGUCUGCGAAAUAAUGGUAAAUUUCCAAAAGACUUUAUUUUUGGAGCAUCAACAGCUUCAUACCAAAUAGAAGGAGCUUGGAGAGAAGACGGAAAAGGCUUGAGUGUCUGGGAUGAAUUCGUUCACAGAGUACCUUCCACAAUCGCAAAUAAUGAUACUGGUGACAUAGCUGCCGACUCUUACCAUAGAUAUAAAGAAGAUAUUAAAUUACUAGCUAAUCUUGGUGUUCAAUUUUACCGAUUUUCUAUCUCUUGGCCAAGACUUUUUCCAAAUGGUUACGUCGGAAAAAUUAACGAAAAGGGAUUGAAAUACUACCACAACUUAAUACAAGAAUGUCUAAGUCGCGGAUUGACCCCCGUAGUGACUCUCUUUCAUUGGGAUCUUCCUUUGAAAUUAUUCGAAGAUGGUUUAGAUUGGACAAAUCCAUGCCUUAUAGACCAUUUUGUCGAAUACUCUAGAGCUGUCAUCAAAAACUUUCCCCAGGUUGGUAUGUGGAUAACCAUUAACGAACCAAGAGUAUAUUGUCGGUUUUCAUAUGGUGAAGGUAUUUUUGCUCCUGGAAUUAAAAAAAGUGGAAUAUUGGACUACCAGUGUGCUUAUAAUAUAAUUAAAGCUCAUGCUGCAGUUUAUCGCAUGUACAAAAAGGAAUUUCCACAUUAUAAAGCACCACUCUCAAUUGCAAUGGACUGUCAAUGGUAUGAGCCUGAAACCAACCAACCUGAAGAUGUAGCAGCAGCAGAAAGACAUCGGCAAUUUGAGUACGGCAUGUAUUUCCAUCCGAUAUUCGUUGGAGACUGGCCACCAAUAGUUAAGGCUAGAAUAGCUGAAAGAAGUAAAAAGGAAGGUUAUAAGAAAAGUCGUCUUCCACAAUUCACUCCAGAAGAAAUAAAGUUUGUAAAAGGGACCCACGAUUACUUGGCAAUAAACCACUAUUCUACUUUCUUGGCAGGCGAAGAACCAGAAGCACCAUAUAAUGAAACUCAUUACGAAAAUGAUAUACGCGUGAUAAAUUCCAGAAGGCAGCAUUGGAGGUUGGGAGCCGAUAAUCGGAAUGUUGUUCCAUGGGGAGUUAGAAAGGUAUUAAAUUGGCUCAAGCAGAAUUAUGGAGAUCAAGGCAUCUUCUUUACAGAAAUAGGAUUAGCAGAUGAUGGAUCUACUUUACAAGAUGUUGCCAGAAUAGAUUACUAUUCAGAUUACUUUUGUGAAAUUUUAGAAGCCAUGCAAAUAGAUCAUGUUACAGUUAAAGGAAUUGCAAUGUGGAGUUUACUGGAUAAUUUUGAAUGGCCAUUAGGAUAUACUAUCCACUUUGGAUUCUACAAUAUAGACUAUUACAACGAUCCAACUUUGAAAAGACGACCCAAAAAAUCAGUAGGCUGGUUACAAAAACUAAACAAAAAUAGGCAACUGGACUGUUCAAGUUACAACAGAGAAUGGCCUACUCUAAGUUGGGGACCAGAAGGAAAAUCACACUUUAGUCAUCCGUUUAAACACCACAAUUAAUG